GCAGCUUCAGUUUACGCUAUGAUAGCGAACUUGUUAACACCCUCUGCUAUAUUCAUCUUCGUCAACAUCGUCAUCGGCACCAUAGCUAUCACUUCUCGUUUCGCCAACACCACAAAAACGAAACGCGACUCGCCCACCCAACUCGUCCGUUCUUCCUCCUUGUUAGACCGAGUCAUGUCCUUCAAUCUCGGUUACUGUAAACACGAACCCACGACAACAACGGAAACCCACUGCGUUGUCGACUCGCCCCGGAGGGAAGAAGCUCCGAGUCCGGAUUCGGGUGACCCGACCCGGAAACAUAUGACCCGCCCUCCCUCGCUCCUUGAGCGGCUGAAGUCCGUGAAGCUAUAUAGAUCGGAGUCGAUAAAAACAGAGGAGAGACCCGAACCCGGAUCCGGAUCCGAACCAGAAUCUGGAUCCGAACCCGAGAUUAUGGGUAGUGAGGAUUCGGUGGAUGAAGGGGUGGAUGCGAAGGCUGAUGAUUUUAUCAACAGGUUUAAGCAGCAACUGAGGUUGCAGAGGCUUGACUCCAUUCUACGUUACAGAGAAAUGCUCAAACGAGACUGAGAACGAGAGAAGAGAUGAAGAACCCUUUGGAUUCAUCAUUAUUUGAAUGAUCUAUGGGUAACUGAGAAGGAUGGAGAGAACGUUUGGCAUAGUAUAUGGACACAAGAAUUGGCCUAGUUUGUUGUUUAUAAUUUGCAUGGUUGAGAUGUUAA